AUGUCAUCACUGGAAUCUUUUGUACCACCAGACCAGCAUGAUCCCACAGAUAUCGAUCCGCUUUUACCAAAUGAGUCGCUGACUAAACAAAACAGAACACCGCAGAUACCAGACAAUGGACAAGCAUUGAUGGACUUAGAACAAGCAGCAAACGAUGUUUAUGAAGCCAUAUUGGAGAACGACGAAGAGUACGAUGAAGAUGAGCAUAAUGAGGAUGUUGUAUGGUUGAGAGAGCAACGGCUAUUGAACAAAAGCAUUCACUGGUUGAAACGUCCAAGUGUGUUGAUGGUCUCUACAAUUACUUUCCUAUUUGCCUUUUCUAUUUCCAGUGCUGAGGCUACAAGGCAAGUCAUUACAUUGAAGCUUGCAUGUAACAGUCUUGGUGCAGAAAAAUGCAAUAAAGAUUCGGCCCAAGUGUUGAUGUCUAAUUUGCAAUUGGGCUAUACGAUAACGGGUGCUAUCAUUAUGUUGAUAUCGUCUGGUAAAAUAGCACCCUUGAGUGAUCUCUACGGAAGACGCCCAUUUCUUAUAAUUGUGAUUCUUUGUUUCUUGGUUGGAAAAUCACUCAAGUUUUUCUUCAUGUACAACUACACCACGUUGCAGUUUUACUCAAUGAUUACAAGUGAGGCUAUUAGUAACCUGGGCGGUGGGCUUAUGUCAUUAAUAGCGUUGUGCAAUUGUUAUAUAUCCGACGUUGCUGAACCACAUCAGAGAAUAUAUGCACUAGGCAUCGGCUUCGCUGCAAUGUUUGUUGGAUUGAGUAUUGGUCCCUUGGUGGGAAACUUUAUCAUUGCAUUGGCGACAAAAAUGUCUCCCAAAGCUGACAUAAGAAAACAGGAAUUCAUCCCGUUGAAGUUUGAAAUCGCAAUUCUUAUUAUAAAUCUUUUAAUGACCAUUUUUGUUUUACCUGAGUCGAGAUCGGAGAAGGCAAGAAAGAAGUCCAGAACACUUUCACGCUCUCUGAGUGAGGUCAAUCUUCGAAUGAUGGAACAAUCACCAUGGUAUGAACGAUUAACCAGUCAUUUCAACUUUUUAAAACCACUCAAAUUGCUUGUCAUCCCUGAUGAGUUAGUAAAACAAUCAAAUAGACAUAAGGCCAGACGUGACAGGUUCACAAUUCUUGUUUUGGCAUUUAUCGAGUGUGUCAUGAGUACCAUGGCUAUGUCCUUUGGCGAGAUCUUCAUCUUGUAUGGGAUUUACAACUAUGAUUGGGCACAAAACAGCGUUGGCCACCUACUUGCCAUCAGCUGCUCAAGCAAAGCCAUUGUUUUAAUUUUAUUGUCGCCAAUAAUUAACCACAAGAUCCUUCAACAUGGACUUAAGUUCAAAGUAUUCAAAACACAGCUUGAUAUGGUAGACUUUUCAAUGUGUUUGAUUGGCUUAGUUUGUGAGACAAUAGGUUUCUAUGGUUAUAGCGUUUCCCCCACGACUUCGGUUUUCUUCAUUUUUACAGUAUUUUGUGGCUUUGGUACCUUAAUCAGCCCAGCCAUCAACUCAUCGAUUAUCAAGUUCUAUCCGGAGUCGAAAAUAGGAGAACUAUUUGGUGCAUUGGCAUUGAUCAAAAACAUAUUUGCUUUGGUAACCCCCGUGCUUUACUUAUCAGUGUACAAGUACUCUGUGAGUACUUUACAUCGCCCCGGACUCGUUUUUGUAAUCGCCGGUUCCGUUUUGCUUGUUUGUACGGUCUUGUUGAUCACUAUCAAGAGAAUUAAUCCAUUAGACAAAGAACCCGUCUUGUCGAGAAGCAACUCGUUUUCUGGGUUGCUGCAAGAAGUAUCUACAAGCUUUUCAGAGUUGCACAGAAAGAAUAGCUCCCUUCAUAAGCAACGCUCUGGGUCGUUUGAAGGAAUUACUCGUUAA